GCAGGUUAACAGUGCGCGGGGCAAACCUAGUGUGCGUUACCUCUGUUCGAAACGUUCUGUCUGAACGUAAAUAUACAGUGAUGUGUUGUUUAUAUACAAAGGACAACUAUUACCACGUAUAAAUGAGUGCGAAAAAACCAAAGCUGCCUGGUUUAAACAUUCGUGGUAGCUCAAGUAGACACGACUGGGAUUCUGUCGGAACAAUCAAGUUUUUCACUGACAAAGAUGGUGAUAUUAGUGGUUUAGAUGAAGCAAUGAGAACUAUUAGUAUGGGUACUCGGCAGUCUGGAGAAGCGAAUGUGCAUUCACCAUCCUCACAUACAAGCGACAAAGAUUCCACAUCAUAUACUGGAUAUAUUGAUGAGUUUAGUGGGCAAAACAAAUUAGAUGUUGAAAUUGCUGUUGAAGCAACAAGCAUUUCUGAAUCAAUUAGUCCCACAGAUCUGACUGAUUCAACUGAGUCGGCUAAAGAAACUCAUGGUUAUAUGAAUGAAUCAAGUUUUAGUCAACAGACAAAUGAAUCUCUUGGUGUUUUCUCAUUCAAUAACGAUCUAAAUACGAACUCAAAUGUUCUUCCGAAUUCUAUCGAUAUUUUCAGGACUAAUGACAGACAUAACUCACUGGACUUAGAUGACUCAAAGGAUGUAUCAUCGUCCGCCGGUAGUCAUGUUGUUCAUUCAUUAAAAUCAAAUGUAGAUGGUAAUUCAUUAAAAACUGUAUUGUUAGAUGAAGAUUUGAAUGUUCACUUACAUUCAAAUGUUUUAACUAAUUUGACUCCAGAUUGUACAACAACAACAACAACACCGUCUACCAUUCCGAUUAAUCCAUCUAGAAUCAACACUUUGUCGUUUAAUACAUCCAGUAAUCCAGUCAACUCUGUUAUGGGUAAUCAACAUGAUACUCAUGUUCCUAUUUCUAAUGAUCCAAUUAAACCACCAAUAAAUGUCAAUAUUGAUAAAACGAGGAACGUUUCCGAUCCUACGCCACCAUGUUUAUCAUCAUCAAAACUGAAAAUGAAUUCAUCACCACCAACAUCUACACUUGCAAUUGAUAGCAACGAUCAAAUUUUUAAUAAAGUUACCGAACCAACUUGUAUACCCAUUUCUAUACCAAAUACUAGAAAUUCCGCAUCCAUUUCUCGUGCUCCUCUUCUUCAUUCUUCUCCUUCUCCGAUAACACAUACUUUAUCGGAAAAUCCUCAAAUCAGACAACGUAAUGUUACUACGAUUACUACUACUGCUACUACUACUACUACUACUAAUACCACUAUCACAAUUGAUAGCAAUAUUAUACCAGGUGCUACUGGUUCAAAGGUGCUCAGAUCAAAAUCACAUCGUCUAUCAGUGGUUAAAAAAUCUCAUCCAUGGAUGCGUUAUACAUUUUGUUCACUGACAGUAUUUUUGAUUUACUGGCUUUUUAAUGGUUUUCUAUUGGGUCUAACUGUUGGUUGUAUACUAACAUAUACAUUCAUUACAGUGUAUAAUUAUUUGCAUAGUCGUACAAACUAUUCUAAUCAAAUUCUCUGUCCAAUAUCAGGAUUGCCAUUAGAUCACUUAUGCUGUUCACUGCAUUAUCGACAAGAACAAGAGGGCCAGUAUCAAGGUUCACAAUGGUGGCCAAUCUAUUCACCUGCUAUGCCAAAUUUAACUUCUAUUUUAACUAACAACGCGAACAGUACUAAUAAAUGUCUGCAGUUAAGAAAUUUGCCUAAUUUCACUGUACCAAAUAUGCUUGAAGAAGAUGUUAGCAAAUCAACUAUCUCAGGUCCAUUGGGAAAUAGUUUAGGUUUUAAAUAUGACAAUAAUGGACGGCCCGUAUACAAAGGAUGGUUAAAUGAGAUUAUUCAUUAUGAUCCUGAAACUCAUCAUAUUGGCAAAACAUUUUCCGUCUUCCUCACGCUUGAUGGUACACAAUUACGCCUACAACGCCCAGAACAUAAUAUUACUCGUAGAUCUUUAUGGAAUGAUGAAAUCCCAUCAACUACAACUAUGCGAUUCAAACAACAGCAUAUUUAUGAUUUAGCUAAUGCAACUGUUACACUCCUUCCAUGUGGCUUAGUCGGCAAACGUCUAUGGAGUAGAAAAUAUCCUAUUUGUAUCACCGUCUACACUGAAGGUAGAUUCAAGCGCAAAAAUGAAAGACUUGAUUCACUACCAUCAUCGACGAGCUUUCCAAAUAUCAUAUUAUCUACUAGCUCUAAUAUAGCAGUGAAUGAAUCCUCUGACUUGACCAUGGAUACCUCUAUUCCAUCAGCUGGAGAUAUGGAGUUCCCUGAUGAUACUAGUAUCAAUGUAUUGCAAACUUCAAGCAAAUCAAAUAUGAAAAAUUUAUAUUUGUUUGGAAGAACAUGUCGCGAAAAAGAAACAUGGUACCGUAGAUUGAAAGCUGCCUCAUUGGGCACACCUCUUAUAUGGACACCUCAGAUGGCUGUACAACAUUAUCUUUUGGCAUCAGAUAUUAAUAAUAGUAAUAAUAACGUUGGUUUACCGGAUUAUUUAAGUGGUACUGCCACAGCAGCUUCUAAUAUCAUUUCUAAUCACAACGACAGCACAUUGAGUGACGAUGAGAGUCAACCUGAUGGAAAUACAUUAUCGAAUCUGAUAACAUGUUCUGAUUCAGCUGCCAGUAUCGCUAAUACUGAUGUUGUUACCACUAUUACUACUACUAUUAGUAGUAAUAAUAGCAAUAGUACUCCCACUGGUUUAAGCAGUACAACCAAUACUAAUAGCACUUAUUCAUCCAGCAUAAAUCUUUCAAAUUAUGGCGCUUCAAUACCUGGGAAUCGUGAACCAGUCUAUGUUUCAUAUGUCCGAUAUAUGGCUAAAUUCAUGCCCGCCAAUUGGCUUGUACGAAGUGCACAAGCAUUAAAAUUAAAUGUUAAUCAAAUUAAUUGUGAUACAAAUAUGAUAUGGCUUAAUGCAUUAAUUGGUCGUUUGCUAUGGGAUUUUCUUCGUGAACCUUAUUGGUUAGAAAAGAUAAAAAAUAAGAUUCAAGCAAAGUUGAAAAAAAUACAUCUUCCAAAUUUCAUCAAUGAACUCACUGUCGUUGAUAUUGAUUUGGGCUCAGAAAUACCUGUACUAAGACGUAUCGGAUGUCCUUAUCUGGAUGCACAUGGUCUAUGGAUUGAAGUGGAUGUUGGUUAUGCUGGAGGGUUCUCAUUUGCUUUGGAAACAAGUGUUAAUUUAAUGCGGUGGAAUCAAAAACUUCGUGAAGAAAAAGAUAUUACCUAUUCAUCAGGUUCGAUCGUUUAUUUAUUUAUUUCUAAACGAGAUUUGUUCUAUUUUUCCAUAAAAGUUAUGUGUUUCAAAAGUGAAAUUUCGUAUCAUAGCAUUAAGCCUUGUGGUAUAUUACUAUGAUCUCUUCGCUUAAGCGUGGUUGGUACUACUGUCCAUAAAAAUGUUACACUUUGUAAUUUACGUUGAGGACGACAUGAUUUCUGUAACCAAUCGUUUGAUAUUUCAGGUGAAAUGACUCAGAAUCAGUCUGAAUGGCUCAGAUAAUUUUGCUCAAAAUUCACUAUCCAAUGAAUCUCUACCAAAAGUUCAUUCUCGUUCGAUAACAAAAAUGGCCGCUUACCUAUCUGAUGAAGAGGACAGUGCUGAUUCAACAACUGACUCUGAAUUAGAUGAAACAACUAAUAUUAGUCAAAAUUGCAGUCCAAUAAAUAGUUUACGACCUGGGCGUAACUUACCAUCCACAGGACUAAUCAUAGGUGGAAUGAAAUCCGGUGAUAAUGAACGUGUAAACCCUGAAGACAACAGGUAAAACAUUGCUAUAAUUUAAAAAUAAAUAUUGGAAAAAGUCUCUGCUAGUUAACACAACAAAGUCUCUUCAUGUUUCUUAGCCGCUUGAAGGUGUUUCUUAUUAUCGGAUGUUAUGAGGAUUUUAGAAUUUUAUAGUCACCAUUACUGACUGAUAUUUUUUGGCAACCACUGAAAAAUAUGAAGCAAUAGACAACGGUUUCGUCCUAGUAUGAGUACCUCAUUAGUGUUCAUCCACGACCCCACGGAAGAUCGAGCAUAUGACCUUCAGAUCUCAUCGUAAAGACUAUCAGUUGUGUUGGUUGGUUGAUAGAAUGGAUUUUAAAUUAUAUUCUUUAUAUGCUGCGGUAAGAAAAUACUAAAGAUAUAAAAG